AGAGAGAGAGAGAGAUGGGUUGCUUGGGUUUGUUUUUCUUUGCAUUGCUCUCCUUCUCAGCAGUAGCAUUUGCUGUGAAUGGAGAAGAAGAAGUAGGGCUGGUGAUGAACUAUUACAAGGACUCAUGUCCUCAGGCAGAAGAGAUUAUAAAGGAGCAGGUUAAGCUUCUCUACAAACGCCAUAAGAAUACUGCUUUCUCUUGGCUCAGGAACAUUUUCCAUGACUGUGCUGUUCAGUCAUGCGAUGCAUCGCUUCUACUGGAUUCGACAAGGAGGAGCUUAUCUGAGAAGGAGACAGACAGGAGCUUUGGUUUGAGGAAUUUCAGAUAUCUAGACACCAUUAAAGAAGCUGUGGAGAGGGAGUGCCCUGAAGUGGUUUCUUGUGCUGAUAUCUUGGUUUUGUCUGCAAGAGAUGGCAUUGUUGCGCUUGGUGGGCCAUACAUCCCUCUUAAGACAGGGAGAAGGGAUGGAAGGAGGAGCAGAGCAGAUUUGUUGGAAGAGUACCUUCCGGACCACAAUGAGAGCAUCUCAGCCGUCCUUGACAAAUUUGGGGCUAUGGGCAUUGACACCUCUGGAGUUGUCGCCUUGCUAGGUGCCCAUAGCGUCGGCCGGACCCACUGCGUGAAGCUGGUCCACCGUCUAUACCCGGAAGUGGACCCCGCCCUCAACCCGGACCAUGUCGAGCACAUGCUCCACAAAUGUCCAGAUUCGAUCCCUGAUCCAAAGGCGGUGCAAUACGUGCGCAACGACCGCGGCACGCCAAUGAUAUUGGACAACAACUACUACAGAAACAUAUUGGACAACAAAGGGCUACUGAUAGUGGACCAUCAGCUAGCCACUGACAAGAGGACUAAGCCCUUUGUGAAGAAGAUGGCUAAGAGCCAAGACUACUUCUUUAAGGAGUUUUCAAGGGCUAUUACAAUUCUAUCUGAGAACAAUCCUCUCACUGGCUCUAACGGUGAGAUAAGGAAGCAAUGCAAUGUGGUUAACAAGCACCAUUAGAACAUGUGCACCCUAUCUUUGUAUCCCUUUGGGAAUAGAGUGUGUGGUGAGAGUGUGGUGCUAAAAUAAGAUGUGGGUCUUGGUUGUUAAGGGUAAUGAUUAGUACUAGCUAUGAUGAUUUGGCAAUGACUAUAUGUUGAAGAAGUGUAGUUGUGUAGGUUCUUAGGUUUUAUAUGAGUGGUAUGGUGAGUAGGGGUUGGAAUGUGGAUGGGUGAUGCAUGUAUGGAUGGUGGUGAUGGUGUAUGUAGUGAUGAUAGUCAUUGCUAGUGCAUGAAUGAUGAUCUCCCUCUCUCUCUA